AUGGCCUUUUCCCCAUUCCUGCCAAGGUAUAUUUGAGCAACAACAGCUCACCGAAAUUAUUAACUCUGCGCAAUUCAUGUUUUAAUCUGAACUCAUAAAAUUUUAUCAAAAUCUAAAACGAGAGAGUUUUAGAGCAAAACCUGAGCUUUUCAAUGAUAUAUAAUACAUGUUGUUUCAUUGUAAUUGCAGACUUUUGAACCAGGCUGUUUUCCCAUACGUAUGCCAUAGAGACAAUUAAGUCAUGUCUAAGGCUAAACAGCACUUCGAUAUUGGUGCGUGGUCAAGAGAAAAGAAGGCCAAACGUCAGGAAAUUAUUGCAAGUAACCGUACAAUUGGAUUUGAAAGACUGCAUUAAAGCAAGUGAGGAGGUAAUUAAACUUCUCAAGAGGACGGUAGCUAAAAUUAAAAUUUUUUUCUUGUAAAAGACUGGUUUGCUUACAUGCUCAAUUUCCAAUUCUGUUGAAGAGAUUGCAAAUUAACUAGAAGGGUUUGAAUUUGAUUUUUAAGUGGUGCUUAUUUUCAUUCUAUAUUUAUGAUUUAUGACGUUAACUUUGUGGACUGGUUGUUACCCAUGUACAUAAGCAUGCAAUUUGGCAGACUGGUAUUAGCAAUUUGCAAGAUCUACUUAGGGGCUAAGUCUAUAUUCAUGUUACAUAAUGCCAAGCAUAACUUUGAACAAAGUUAUAAAUUCUACCAACUCACCCGUCUCAGAUAAUGUCGAUUAUGGCAGUUCUUUCUAGACUGAUAAAUGCUCAAAUUGACAUGUGCAUAUCUGUAGGCAUAAUGAACACCCCAGUGAAUUGCUAGUUAUAAAAGAAAUACCUAAAAUACCUUGUGUAAACCUAAACUAAAAUGCGAAACAGACAUUCUGUUUAUUUUUCAGAGAGGAUUUUUGGCAAAUGAAAAAGUCAAGCUCCCUCGUAAUUCCCAUCCAAAGUCUUCGUCAGUUAUUAACCAAUCCUGUAGCAAAAAGCAUGACAUUCCUAAGAGUACUGCACGGAAAAGAAGAAAGUUGAUGUUUGAUCAUGCAGAAAGAAUUAAUGAUAGGUCUUCUGACAACGAGAGCUUGAAACGGAAGUCUUCUUUGGAUGGCAUUUGGAGUACCUUAAUUAAUUCUGCUAGUGCACAAGAGAUGAAAUCGUACAUGGAGAAGUCUCCAUUGGUUCUCACUAAUGUUAUUCCUUCCAUUGUUAACGACGCAGUGGUUAAAUAUGAACAUAGCCAAAAGAACCUGGUGCAGUCACUAGGAGUCCUUUAUGAAGGUAGCAUCUCCAGCACAAAACAGUACAACAGGAAGCGAAGUCGGGAAACAUUUGAAACUGAUCAACAUGGUAAGAAGCACCAAAUAACGUUUAUGAAAGGAUGCAAAGUCCCCAAGCUCAUGGAAUACAAAAAAGUGAGCCAGUUUGUAAAUUCAAUGGAUAUUGGUGAACUCAAACAGAUUCCAGAAGCGAAAAAAUCCGCUCUUGACAAACAGUUGGAUCAACAAUCAGACGAUGAACUGAACAGUGGUGAGCAUGCUGUGUCAGGUUGUUACAGAGACUUAGAGUCCACUUUACUUAAGCUUGCAAAUUUGUACUUAAUUAUAGAUAAUGCACGACCUGGGUUUCUUAACUGGUUCAGUUCCCCUAAAGGCAUGUUUCAGGUAUCCCUUGGAGCAGACAGGGCCCCAUUUGGUAAAUAUAACUAG